UUAUUUAUUUUAUCCUAUCCUCCCUCAGCCAUUAUAAGGGUUAGAUUAGCAAAAGCCAUACAUUAUUCUCUCUUUCUCUCUCUCUCUUACUUUCUCUCUCUCUCUCUCCCAACUGAACUGAGUCUUCCAGAAGGGAUUCUCUUCCCUCUGAAUCUGACACAAUGCAAGGAGGAAUCCAGUCGAUCUUAUCUCAAGGCAACGUGGUGAAGAACUCGGUGCUACGCCACGUGCGCUUGGUGGUGCCUUCACCUCGCCAAUCUCUUAUGCUGAUCCGUCGAGAAUCAUCAACCCCGGCCGCGCACAUGGAAGAGCACGGCUUUGAAAGCACCACGAUUUCGGAUAUUUUGGCGUCCAAGGGGAAAAAUGCAGAUGGGUCGUGGCUUUGGUGCACGACUGAUGACACCGUCUAUGAAGCUGUCAAAUCGAUGACACAGCAUAAUGUCGGAGCUCUGGUGGUCGUCAAACCCGGGGAGCAAAAAUCUAUUGCCGGAAUCAUCACAGAAAGAGAUUACCUCCGGAAAAUAAUCGUGCAAGGAAGAUCAUCAAAGUCGACAAAAGUCGGGGACAUCAUGACCGAAGAGAACAAGCUUAUCACGGUGACACCGGAUACUCGGGUGCUUACGGCAAUGCAACUGAUGACGGAUAACCGCAUCAGGCACAUUCCCGUAAUCAACGAAAGUGGAAUGAUCGGCAUGGUGUCCAUAGGCGACGUAGUUCGCGCAGUUGUGAGCGAGCAUCGCGACGAGCUGAACCGCCUCAACGCAUUUAUACAGGGCGGGUACUAAGCUAUGGCCACAACGUGCCACCCGAGCCGAUUCUGUAAAUAUUUAAACUAAUGCAAACAUGCCGGCAAUGUUUCUAGCUAUCGACUCGACAAGAUCUGUAAUAAUAAGCACAUUAAAUGGUAACUCAAAUCCAACUCUACCGAUAUUAUUUGCCUGUCGAUCGGGCAAAUAUGAUUUAUGAA